GCGAAAAAGAUUGCUAUUCAGUCUAGUUUUAGAAGUGCAGCUUGCUUCAACAUGACAACUCCAAAAUUGAUACUUUUUGUUGCCCUGGUGGCAGUCAUGGCAGCCAGCUGCUCUGCUGGUUUCUUGGACUACGUUUUUCCCACUCUCAUGUCUGAGUAUUACAACCAGGUGCCCACUAAGGAGGGUUACCGCUUUAACUUGAAGGAUCCUAAUGGGAGCUCUCGUGAGGAAAUUGGUGUUAUUAUGAAUCCGGGCACACCCGAGGAGCAGCUGGUUGUGAUGGGUACCUACUCCACCUACGAUGAGAAAACAGAUACGGAUACUAUUACCAUGUAUACUGCCGAUAAGGAUGGUUACAAGACGCGCUAUCAGAUCAAGAAUCGAAAAUUGAGCGGGGGAAAUCUCAAAUCUUUAGCUGGCUAACAUUAAUUUAAAAAUGAAAAAAAAUAUU